AUGACACAAAAAUUAUUUAACAGGAGUCAGCAAAAUAAAAAGUCUCUGACACUAAUCGAAUUACUAGAUGAAACUCAACCAUUUCAAGAAUUUAGCCGUCUUCAAGAUGUUGAAUUAUUAGAAUUGAAUAAUAAAAGUGCACUUCUUUCAAGGAUACAAGGCUCUCUCGUUGGUCUUGCUGUUGGUGAUGCUCUCGGAGCAUCGGUUGAAUUUCGUCCACAUUCCUAUAUGCUAGAAAAUCCAAUUUCAGAUAUGCAAGAUGGCGGUACAUGGGGUUUGAAAGCUGGUCAAUGGACUGAUGAUACAUCAAUGGCACUUUGUCUAGCGGCUAGUCUUAUUAGUAAAGGAGGCUUUGAUAGUUAUGAUCAAUUAUUACGAUACAAAUGGUGGUAUAGAAAAGGAUAUAUGUCUUCAACAGGUACAUGUUUUGAUAUUGGAGCUUCAACACGUCAAGCAAUUGAAGAAUUUGAAAAACGUCAACAUCAAAGUGCUCAAAUAUUAAAAACAAAAUUAUAUAAAAAUAUAACAGAAGAUUCUUUGGACAGAAUGAUUGGAGAAUACAUUUCUCAAGUUAAUUUUAAAGCAGAUUGCGGUGCAAAAAAUGCUGCUGGCAAUGGAGCACUUAUGCGUUUAGCACCAGUACCUUUAUUUUAUUAUCGAACAAAAUCGGAUGCUAUUCAGAACGCUGCUAAUAGUGUGAUACUUACACAUGGUGAUAAGAAAGCAAUUGAUGCUUGUCGAUUUUAUUCUGCACUUAUUUGGCAUGCUAUAAAUGGUGUAGCUAAAAAUGAUCUUUUAGAUUCUAGCUUCUAUCGUAAACAUUUUAAGACAAAUUUUGAUCAAGAUCUUAUGAAAAUUAUUAAUGGUUCAUAUAAAGAUAGAAAAAAUGGUUAUCAAGAUGGUAUUCGUGGUAAAGGUUUCAUAUUAAAUUCACUUGAAGCUGCCUUAUGGGCAUUUUAUAAUGAUGAGAAUUCUUUUGAAAAAGGUGUUCUUUUGGCUGUCAAUUUAGGUGAUGAUACUGAUACAACAGCUGCUAUCUAUGGACAACUUGCUGGUGCUGUCUAUGGUAUCGAAAACAUUCCACAGCGUUGGCGUGAUAAAUUAUUUCAAAUAGAUUUUCUUAUUACAUUAGCUACUGGAUUAUUUAUUAAAGGAAAUACUCCCUAUCGACAAAAAAGAAAAUCAAAUGUUAUAGAGGUAGAGGAUAUGGAUGAAGAUAGUUGUUCGGAUAGAAAAAGAAGUGCAUCGAUAUUUGACAAAAGAACACCUAAAAUCAUUUCUGAAGAUAAAUAA